AUGGCUGAGAACGCCAUGGGACUCAUCGCACGGUCGGCCGCCCUACGACCGGCAGCAUCGCGCCGCUCGUUGGCCGUCCUGGCCAACAGCCGCUACACCUUCCAGAGAGCUGCCUUCAGCUCGCAACCGCCACGCCUUCUACCCUCUGCCGACUCGCUGUUCUCCCGUUCCUCCGGCUCGAGCGAGCCUACGAGUUACUUUCAGCGCUCAUCACUGCCCGCCAACACCAUUGUCAAAUUCGUGCCUCAGCAAACAGCAUGGAUCGUCGAGCGCAUGGGCAAGUUCAGCCGCAUCCUGCAGCCCGGUCUCGCUGUCCUCGUCCCUCUGAUUGAUCGCAUCGCCUACGUCAAGAGUCUCAAAGAAGCCGCCAUUGAGAUUCCUUCGCAGAGUGCCAUCACCGCCGACAACGUUACCCUCGAACUGGACGGUGUGCUUUACACGCGCGUCUUCGAUCCUUACAAGGCCAGCUACGGUGUCGAAGAUGCCGAGUACGCCAUCUCACAACUCGCCCAAACCACCAUGCGCUCAGAGAUUGGUCAGCUGUCUCUCGACCAUGUCCUGAAAGAGCGCGCUGCCUUGAAUACAAACAUUACACAAGCCAUCAACGAGGCUGCCCAGGACUGGGGUGUCACCUGUCUGCGUUAUGAGAUCCGCGACAUUCACGCUCCCGCCGGCGUUGUCGAGGCCAUGCACCGUCAGGUCACCGCCGAGCGUAGCAAGCGUGCUGAAAUUCUGGAAUCUGAAGGUCAACGCCAGAGCGCCAUCAACAUUGCCGAAGGUCGCAAGCAGAGUGUCAUCCUGGCAUCCGAGGCCUUGCGCGCCGAGCAGAUCAACAUGGCCACUGGUGAGUCUGAAGCCAUCCUUCUCAAGGCUCGCGCCACCGCUGCCGGUAUCGACGCAGUCGCAAACUCUAUCGCUCAAGGCAAGGAGAGUGCCCAGGGUGCCGUCAGUCUGAGCGUCGCCGAGAAGUACGUCGAUGCCUUUGGCAAGCUGGCCAAGGAGGGAACCAGUGUCGUUGUUCCCGGCAAUGUUGGAGACAUUGGCAGCAUGAUCGCCACCGCCAUGGGUGUCUACGGCAAGGUCAAUGAAAGCCAGGCCCGCGCAAUGGCCCCCAAGCAAGUCUCCGCCCCCUCAGAAUCAUCUACACAGGAAUCAUCCGACAAGCCUCAAAGCGUGACAGAUAGCGUGCUUGAGAGCUUCGAGGACACCCGCGCUAAGCACUAG